UCAGUUCAGUCCUGAUCCUGGAGCUGAGCGGACCGGAUCACUUUAAUAAUAAAAAGCACCAAAAGUUAAGAUGCGACAUUUCACUAUGGAGGCGUUGAUUCUGUCUCUCCUGAUGAUACACCUUCACGGCGCGGCAGCAGUGACUCACUCUCUGAAGUAUUUCCACACUGCGUCCUCUGGAGUCCCAAACUUCCCAGAGUUUGUGGCUGUUGGGUUGGUUGAUGACGUUGAGAUGAGUCACUAUGACAGUAACACCAGGAGAUAUGAACCCAAACAGGACUGGAUGAUCAGAGUCACAGCAGAUGAUCCUCAGUACUGACAGCAACAGACUGAGGGCUCUGUGAUUAACCAGCAGGUCUGCAAAGCCGACAUGGAAACAGUAAAGCAGCGCUUCAACCAAACUGGAGGUGUCCACAUUAUCCAGAGGAUGGUUGGCUGUGAAUGGGAUGAUGAGACCAAUGAGAUCAAAGGUUUUUAUCAGCAUGGUUAUGAUGGAGAAGACUUCAUAUCGUUUGACCUGAAGACAGAGACAUUCAUCGCUCCAAAACAACAUGCUGUCUUCACCAAAGACAACUGGAAUAAUAACAGAGCUGUGAUAGCACAGAAGAAGAACUACUUGACUCAGAUCUGUCCUGAGUGGCUGAAGAAGUAUGUGAACUACAGGAGGAGCUCUCUGAUGAGAACAGAGCGUCCCUCAGUGUCUCUCCUCCAGAAGACGUCCUCCUCUCCAGUCAGCUGCCACGCUACAGGUUUCUACCCUGACAGAGCCACACUGUUCUGGAGGAAAGAUGGAGAGGAGCUCCAUGAGGACAUGGACCACGGAGAGAUCCUCCCCAACCACGAUGGAUCCUUCCAGAUGAGCGCUGACCUGAAACUGUCAUCAGUCCCAGCUGAAGACUGGAGGAGGUACGACUGUGUGUUCCAGCUGUCUGGUGUGAAGGAGGACAUCGUCACCAGACUGGACGGAAAGGUGAUCAGGACCAACGAAGAGAAGCCCGCUGACAUGACCUUCAUCAUCAUCAUCAUCGCAGUGGCUCUUCUUGCUCUCGUCAUCGCUGUGGGUGGAUUCAUGUUUCACAGAAACAGGAAAGCCAAAUGCCCUCCGACCUCUGACACCAGCUCUGAGCUCUCUGAGAAGCUGAACCCUGCGCCUAAAUGCUGAAGUCAGCGCCCUGCACACAGUUUAUGGAUAAAUAUUUCACUGGAUCAAGAAGUGGUGCCUCCACACUCUCCUCCAUAAACUGUCAACUCAUCGCUUAUUCAUCGUUCAUAUCAUGAAGUCAUUGAAUCUAGCUGGAGAUGCUCAUCGAUUGGAACACAAAGAAAACAUUUGAAAACUAGGAGCAAACAUCAGUGGUGACGUUAAAUGAUUUGGAUCGUUUAGUUUAAAUUUAACAAAAUGUAAUUUCCUCUGAUGAGAUGUUCUUAAAUCAAACGAGGAAGAUUAUUGUUGGAGAUCUUCAGAACAAUGAAAGCAUCACAGCACUCUGCACACACAAAGAUGUGUGUUCAUCUGAAACAAAUCCUCCAUAUUUACACUUUAAUGCUUCUGCUGUUGGGUUUCUGGUUAAAUCAAUGUUGGUAACACAAAUGUAAAUACACACACACACACACGUGUGCAUUCCCAUUGCCACACACACACUGGUAGGGUCUGGUGAUAUGAAGACGUAAAGCUUGAGAUCAGAGAUCUUUGUCAACCAGUAGAGUUUCUUCUCUUUUCAUACUGAGGAAGUCGUUCUCUGGUUCUCUGCUUGGGUUCCAUCACUGGGGGAAACGCUGCAAAUCACUCGGCAGCAUCCAGAAACACGCUGCGGGAACCGGACGCCCGGAGUCUCCCGUAGGUGUCGGUGUCAUGGUUUCCUAUCUGUGUCUCUGCUGCUGGUAAACUGGACUCCAGCUCUCUCCCAGUGUGGACUGGGAUUGACUCCAGUCCCCCUCCACUCUCAGCAGGAGGACACACAUUUAUUUUACACUUGUGUAAAUAGUUUGUUUGUAUAUUUCAUUUUUUUUCUAGCAGCAGGUCAAAGUAAAGAAUCAUUUAUGUCUCUGCGUGUUUUCUUCAAUAAUCAAGAGGAUGUUUAUUGUUUUGAUCUGAUUUGAAACAUUAUUUUAUGUAAAUGAAGGCUUCUAGUUUCUAAAGGGCAGUGAGAUGUUUGAAGCUUCUCAGCUGAUAGAAAUCUUCUUCAAUAGAUUUCCUGAUAGUAUUUUGGGACGAGGAAGGGUGUUGGCUUUACAAUGAAUGCUAAUGAAGUGGCUCUAUUUCAUUCCUUUUCUACUUUUCAAUAAAGUGCCCAAAACUCCAAA